UCCUACAAAUCGUGUAUCAAGUCGCGUCUCCUGUCUGCGGCACGGGUGGAUAAAGUUACAAAGAGUAAGAACACGAAAGAGUAAACUCCGCCAUGGCCGCCUUCUUCACCACCAACGCCUUCGCCGUCCCUUCUCCGUCGAGGACUCGGACUUUGGUUGCAGAUAUUAACCGUUCUAUCCGCUUCCUCUUCCCAAUCGACCGUCCCACACACCUAUCAAGGAAUACCACCUCCGCCUUCAGAGCCUCCCUCAUCGAUGGCGCCGGAAAUGGAGCCUCCGACGCCCCCAAACCCCCCGCUCGCCGAGGCCGAAAGAAGAAAUCUGCCGAAACUGCCGCCUCUCCAGCACCAACUAAGAGAACGCGGCGGCGUUCACCGAAAAACCCCCCUCUACGGGAAGAUCCCAGCGCAGCGGGAGAGGAAGACGACGAGGCCGACUUCGACGACGGUAUCGACUUACCCUACGAGUUCCCGCCUCUGAUCUGUUGCUUCGGCGCGGCGCGGAGGGAGUUCGUGCCGACGGUGCGCGUCUCCGAGCGCCAGAUGCACCCGGACCAGUACUCCACCUGGAAGCAGCUCCAGUGGGAUCCGCCCGAGUUCGUCAGGGCGCCAGGAGGCCCGCCUUCCAACGUCGCUGUCUCCCACGCCCGCCUCGGCGGUCGCGCGGCCUUCAUGGGGAAGGUCGGCGAUGACGACUUCGGCGACGAUCUGAUCUACCGCAUGAACUUGGAGAAGGUUCGGACGCGGGCGCUGAAGGCCGAUCCCACGGCCAAAACCGCAGCUUCCUACAUGAAGUUAAAAUUCGAGGACAGGGACGAUGAUGGCGGUGGGAAGAGGUUGCUGGCUGAAACUGCCAGACCUUGUGCAGAGGAUUCCUUCUUGAAAUCCGACAUCGACGUUUCUGUUCUAAAGGAGGCUAGAAUCUUCCAUUUCAACUCAGAAAUCCUACUGUCUCCUGCAAUGCAUCCAGCUUUGUUUCGGGCGAUCAAGUUAUCCAAGAAGUACAGCAGCAACGUUUUCUUCGAUCUGAAUCUGCCCUUGCCUCUGUGGAAAUCGAGAGAUAAGACUCAAGAACUUAUCAAGGAGGCGUGGAGCAAAGCGGACCUCAUUGAGGUGUCGAGAUCGGAGAUGGAAUUCCUCUUGGACGAAGAGUACUUUGAGAAGAAGCGAAACUACAGACCCCAGUAUUACAGUGAAGACAUCGAGCAGACCUACAACAGGAGGAGCUAUCACCAUUAUACUCGCGAGGAAAUCGCUCCUCUUUGGCAUGAUGGGAUAAAGAUCUUGUUUGUGACCGACGGCACGCUUCGCAUACAUUACUACACUCCCAAAUUCGACGGGGCAGUUGUUGGGACUGAGGAUGUGCUUAUUACUCCCUUCACUUGCGAUAGGACCGGUUCCGGCGAUGCUGUGGUUGCGGCGAUCAUGAGAAAGCUAACGAUACAUCCAGAGAUGUUCGAGGAACAGGAUGCGUUGGAAAGGCAGCUCCGAUUUGCAGUCGCUGCGGGAAUUAUCUCGCAAUGGACAAUUGGCGGUGUGAGAGGGUUUCCGACGGAGAGCGCGACUCAGAAUCUGAAAGAGCAAGUUUAUGUUCCUUCAAUGUGGUAAAGUUCAAAUCCGGCGAUGUGAUAAACGAAUAUAGUGACAUGUUGAUUGUUGCUGUGGCGACGCCGGGUUUCUCAGGCCGACGGUUACGACGGUGACGUUGUCGUUGAUCUGACUUGCGAGCGCAAUUUAUUGAUUAUUGUUUUAACGAAAGUGAUUAGGUGUCUGAUUCAAUGUUAAUACAUUAAGAUAUAUAUUUUUUAUUUUAUCAAUAUUUUCAUA